AUGAAUACCACGGACGUUCGGAGAAAAAGAAACGUAGGUAGGCAAAAAGAGGGUGGCCAACCAAGAGGGCGAGGUCCUCCUUGGCAGCAUCGGAUACAAGCGAGUGACCUGCGGCUCUCGGCCAGGAACGGACAAGAGGACCAAGUCGAGGGUCCACGGCGUCGAGACGGAUUGCGGACAACUACCUAG